AUGAAUUUCCCGCAAAUGCAGUCGGACCAUCUCGUGCGGUCCAACCUGGUUUCUAAAUAUGUUGAGGACAUGCUGGAGUGGUAUCUAGCACUUCUAAGUACAACUGACCAUCGUCUGACCUGGAUGUUCUGUUUUAAGUUUGAGUACGACCAUCAAUUAAACGAAUCCAUUUGCCAGUCUUGCGAUGGACAAUAUGAGGUUCUCCGGCCCGAAUGCAGCGAUCCAAGACAGCCCGUUAUUCACUGCGGAGUCAUUGCAUCAGGCGACCGCGUCAUAAAAGACGCGAGGGAGCGGGACUUGAUUAGUCGGAGUGUUGAGGGUGCCAUCUGUUUCGAAAAGGAGGCAGCAGGACUUAUGAACGACUUCCGGUGCAUCGUCAUCCGCGGAAUCUCCGAUUAUGCGGACUUGCAUAAGAACGACGUCUGGCGUUCUUAUGCCGCUGCCGCCGCCGCCGCCGCCGCUACUAUCGUAUCUCAAAGCAUUGAAUAG